GAGAGACGGAGAUGGGGGCGCGUCCGCGAGCGCGAGCUCCGCCCCCCCGGCCCGAGAGCGCCCAGAAAACGGCUGGGAAGGGAGAUUUUACGUCACAUGUGCUUUUACCUCGAUAGGGACGCGGGUUCCCCUGGCGGGGGGAGGCCCGGGGAGGCCUCUGUCCAGGACCUGAGCGCCUUCGCCAUGCCGCUCCUGGACGGGGACCUGGAGAGCGCAGACAAGCAUUCCUCGCGGAAGGUGGACAGUGCCUUCAGCUCGGGCAGCCCCUCCAAAGGGUUCUUCUCCAGAGGCCCCCAGCACCGCCCCUCCAGCCCGGUGUCUGCACCUGUGCGGCCCAAGACCAGCCCGGGCUCCCCCAAGACUGUGUUCCCGUUCCCCUACCAGGAGUCUCCGCCGCGCUCCCCGCGACGCAUGAGCUUCAGCGGCAUCUUCCGCUCCUCCAGCAAGGACUCCUCGCCCGGCUCCAACCCGUCUACCUCGCCCGGGGGCAUCAGGUUCUUCUCCCGCUCCAGAAAAAGCCUCUCUUCCUCCCCAUCGACACCCACCCAAGUGGUCAAACAGCACACGUUUCCUCUUGAAUCCUACAAGCACGAGCCAGAGCGGCUGGAAAAUCGCAUCUACGCCUCCUCUUCCCCUCCAGACACAGGCCAGAGGUUCUGCCUGUCCGCCUUCCAGAGUCCGACUAGGCCUCCGUCAGCAUCCCCCGCGCACUAUGCAGCCCCCCAAACAGCGGCGCUGGCGGCGGCCCCGGGACCCGCGGAAGCCGGCAUGCUGGAGAAAUUCGAGUUGGAGGAAGACGCAGAAGAUUCAGAGAGUGGCGUCUACAUGCGAUUCAUGAGGUCACACAAGUGCUACGACAUCGUCCCCACCAGCUCGAAGCUCGUCGUCUUCGACACGACAUUGCAAGUUAAAAAGGCCUUCUUUGCCUUAGUGGCCAAUGGCGUCCGAGCAGCGCCGCUGUGGGAGAGUAAAAAGCAGAGUUUUGUAGGAAUGCUAACAAUUACAGAUUUCAUAAAUAUACUACAUAGAUACUAUAAAUCACCCAUGGUACAGAUUUAUGAAUUAGAGGAACAUAAGAUAGAAACGUGGAGGGAGCUUUAUUUACAAGAAACAUUUAAGCCUUUAGUGAAUAUAUCUCCAGAUGCAAGCCUCUUCGAUGCUGUGUACUCGUUGAUCAAAAAUAAAAUCCACAGAUUGCCAGUUAUUGACCCUCUCAGUGGGAAUGCACUUUAUAUACUUACCCACAAAAGAAUCCUCAAGUUCCUCCAGCUUUUUAUGUCCGACAUGCCAAAGCCCGCCUUCAUGAAGCAGAACCUGGACGUGCUGGGAAUCGGGACCUACCACAACAUCGCCUUCAUCCACCCCGACACCCCCAUCAUCAAGGCCUUGAACGUCUUCGUGGAGCGACGGGUGUCUGCCUUGCCUGUCGUGGAUGAGGCAGGAAAAGUUGUAGAUAUUUAUUCCAAAUUUGAUGUAAUUAAUCUUGCUGCUGAAAAAACAUACAAUAACCUCGAUAUCACGGUGACCCAGGCCCUGCAGCACCGCUCCCAGUAUUUCGAGGGCGUGGUAAAGUGCAGCAAGCUGGAGAUCCUGGAGACCAUCGUGGACAGGAUCGUCAGGGCCGAGGUCCAUCGGCUGGUGGUGGUGAACGAAGCAGACAGUAUCGUGGGGAUUAUCUCGCUGUCGGACAUCCUGCAAGCCCUGAUUCUCACACCCGCAGGUGCCAAGCAGCAGCAGCCAGAAGCCGAAUGACACGGUGCAGGGAGACGCCUCCUGGAACUUGAACUGGGACUCUGGGUCACGCUUUGCCUCCCACGGACCGCGAGAGGAGAGAGAGGGGAGGUGGCUGAGGACGUAUGUCGGGGUUCAGUGAGGGGUGUUUUUUCCAGUGAUGUGGAAACUCAGAGCAAGACUUCCGUGUAUCUGGAGGGUCGAGCUUGCGCGGAGAGGCGGUUGCCUGACCUUCGAAGAGUUUCAAAUGCUGUCUGUCGUCCAAGUGCACUGUGUUCUGAAACUUCUAUCAUUUUUCAUUUCUAAGAACCCACUGGUGUGUGACAGGUCCUAGGACAUAAGGUGAGCGUGUGGCAUGUUCAGACCUAGUGCCUUAUGUCGGAACACAGCGCUGCACCCGGCGCUGCGCGGCCACCGGCGCCGCCCGGGGUGGACGGUGCGGCCGGGGAGGCCCCGACCUUCGCCAGUCAGCUUGUUCCCAUAAGAUUUGUCCAAAAGUCGUCACUUGACUAUAAAUAAUUACUCUGAACCUUUGAUGGCUGUUCUGUGUUAAGUGUUCCGUUCUGAACGCGAGUGUAAACAAAACUGCUUUCCAACAGCUUUAUUUAUUUUUACUUUCGUGCAGUUUUUUACACAUCUUCUCGUGGGUUAGGCUGCUCCAGACCCAUGAAUAAACCAUUGGUGGUUAUUUUUAAACGGCAGAUCUCUCAUUAUUUAAAUUUGGACCUGCGAAGGCUAGGAGCUCUGAAAUAGCCACCGUGAGGGCGGAAAAGCUGGCGUGCCGAAAGCUCACGCGGAGACGCCUCCGGGGGGACGCGGCCGCCAAGGCCCCCAGUGGCGGCCGCCGUCUCUGGCUCUCUCGGGUACAGAGACGGAAAUCGCGACGCCCGUGCGGCUGCGUGAGUGGCUCAUGCGGUGGCACCGCAGUGUUUUCUGGGGGCGGAGGAGGGGCGGCCCGGGGCCAGCGCUCAGAGACGUUGACGCUGUAUAUACCAGAGUGUGGUUUGGUUUUUCUGGUCGUUUGGGUUUUUGUUUUGCUGUUUUGGGUUUUUGGGGUUUUUUUGGCAAAUUGAAAAAUUAAAAUAAACCUUAGUAUCUACCAUUUUGUUAAAAAAAAAUUCUUGAGCAGACCGUGUGUCCAGCGCCUGGUCACCAAACCCGCCUGCGGUUUCCCGCUGAGAUGUUCGCCCCGGGAAACAUGAGUUCUCGUGGCCUUGCGGCCAUCGCCAGGAAAACCUGCACAGUUUCACUCACGAGCUCCACCUCUCCGUUACUCGACAGGACGUUCAGUUGCCCUGGGCCGCGCGGUUUUCUGGUGGUACAGUCGCACCCGCUCCACUUCCGAGCUGAGGAGCCUGCGUCCACUCUCCCCGGGGACGCGA